AUGGUGUCAUUCUUCAUCACACUAUCAGCUCUUCCUGUCUUCUUCUUCUUCCUUCUUUUCAAAUUUAGAAGCUUUCUUUCAAAAACCCUCCACCGUCUACCACCCGGACCUCCCGGGCUCCCUAUAAUCGGAAACCUGCACCAGCUCGAUACAUCCGACCUUGCAGACCACCUAUGGCGUCUCUCAAAACGUUAUGGCCCCUUAAUGUCCCUGCGCCUUGGUUUCAUUCAGACCCUCGUUGUGUCUUCUGCUGACAUGGCUAAAGAAGUUUUGAAAACGAAAGAUUUGGUUUUUUGCACGAGGCCUGUAUUGACAGGUCAGAAAAAGAUGUCGUACAGCAAUAAAGAUGUAGCUUGGUCACCAUACAGUGAGUACUGGAGAGAAAUAAGAAAGAUAUGUAUCAUUCAUUUGUUUUCUUCGAAACAAGUGAACUCGUUUCGUUCGGUUCGUGAAGAAGAAGUUUUCGCCAUGAUUGAUACUAUAAAGACACGAAUUUCAAUCAAAAAAGAAGUGAAUCUGAGUGAGACUAUGAUGAUUCUGACGAGUAAUAUUAUUUCGAGGGUGGCUUUUGGCAAGAGGCCGUAUGUUUAUGAUGACGGACAGCAAGAAGUGAGACGAUUCCAGGAGCUUUUAUUAGAGUGUCAAGCUUUGCUUGUUAACUUUUAUUACAGAGAUUAUUUUCCUCUGAUGGGGUGGCUUGAUAAUCUUAAUGGAAGCAUUCCUAGACUCGAAAAGAAUUUCAAAGAAAUGGAUGAGUAUUAUCAAGAAAUCAUUGAUGAGCAUAUGAAUCGAAACAGACCAAACAAAAUGCAAGAAGAUAUGGUUGAUAUCUUGCUUCGUGUCAAAGAAGACUCAGAUUCCUAUAUCGAUCUCACUUUUGAUAAUAUCAAAGGUGUCCUUAUGAAUAUCAUGUUAGGGGGAACAGAAACAAGUGCCUCGGGAGUGGUGUGGGCGAUGACAUUGCUGAUGAAGAACCCUGAAUGUUUAAAGAAAGUUCAACAAGAAGUGAGGAAUGCAAUCGGGAACAAAGGGAAAGUAGAGGAAUGUGAUCUUUAUAAGCUCAACUAUCUGAAAGCAGUGAUAAAAGAGACGCUUAGAUUGUACCCAGUUGCACCUCUUUUAGUGGCACGUGAAUCGAGAGAAGAAUGCGUUUUAGACGGAUACGAGAUACCAAAGAAGACUCUGGUGUACGUGAACGCUUGGGCAGUGGGGCGAGACCCGAAAUGUUGGGAAAGACCCGAAGAGUUUGAGCCAGAGAGGUUUAUGGGAAGUAGCGUUGAUUACAAAGGAAUGGAUUUUGAGUUGAUUCCAUUUGGGUCUGGUCGGAGAGGAUGUCCGGGGAUGACGAUGGGAGCUGUGACGAUGGAGUUAAGCUCUGUCGAAUCUUGUUUACUCGUUUGACUGGGAGUUACCGGAGGGGACGAAGGAGAUUAAUACUUUGACAACUCCGGGGACUGUUUCGCAUAAGAAGGAUGCGCUUCGAUUGGUGGGUAAAGUUUACGAUCGUGUUCACGGCUGCUGAGUCGGUUAAUUGGGAUGUUUUCCCGGAUAAUAUGUGAUUUUGUUAAUCCAG